CCGCACGCGCAAGAUACUGCAGUUAUCACACCAUCGAAGGGAUUGUGUGUUUUUUUACGUUACAAGCAUUUUAGUUUUACCAACAUAAUUAAUUGAAAAGUGUCGUAAGGAGAGUGACCUCCACGGCCAAAGGUUUACACUUCUUCCACCAUCAAAUCAAUAAUAGGGCAAACUCGUACACGCAAUUGCCCCAAACCACGCGACUUGAAGGAAACCUCCUCCUUCCCUCCGCAGCUGGGUUGAACUUUGUCGCUUUCGGACAGAUUCGCCACCUCCUCUCCCCUUGAUUAUUAUUGCCUUCCAAGUUACUUUGCACAACGACAACCUGCCUCUUACGUUCGGAAACGAGGGAGGACAACGGAAAAAGCAGCAACUGGCAAGAAGCGUAACUUUCCCACCGGCCUGCAACAGGAACGCAUUUCUUUACUCGCGAGUGCAUUUGCGACCACCUCCCAACAUUCUCUUCGCGCAGAGUCACAUACUGCACAGGACCGUCAGUGUCCAGCCCACACAGCACAACCACACACACACACACACAAAGGCACUGCACUGCCAACUCUAUAUCUUUCGAGCAGUUUGUUUUGGUCAACCACAAGCCGCUCCCUACUUACCAACCCACCAUUCCUUUUGGGAGCGCAGUCGUAGAACCUGAUACACUUGUCAGCUUGGACCUCUAGUGAAAAAAAAAGGGAGGGAGAGACAGAAAGUAAACAGGCAGCUUUACGUUGUCUGGUUGCCCGGAGCACUCCUACGGAGUGGCUUCCCGGCCGUAUCAUGCUACCUACAGCCUUACCUUAGCAUUCCCCUUCCCUGUUUUCUGUUUUGCUUCCACUUUUUUUGUUGCUGUCUUUUGCCGCAGUCCUUCCCUUUUCUCUGUUGCCACCUCUUAUAGUGUACAUAUUUUUGGUUGCCCAAGUUUGUCCCAAAUUUUUCUAAUAUCCGCAUCGGUAAUCUGGGUAGUUGUGUAUUGUCAGUAGAAACAACCGCAAACCUUAUUCUAGUCGUCUUUGAAAGCCACAUUGCAACGAAGAGACCCAACAAAGCGACUAUUGACGAGAUUCCCCAAUGUCUUCAAUACCAUCAACUGUAUCAUCGACUGCGGUCGGUGACUACAUCAUCGGACACGAAAUCGGGCGAGGGUCCUUUGCUACGGUGUACAUGGGGAAAUCCAUUUCUUCUGGACAACCAGUUGCCGUAAAGUCCGUGUCGAGGGAUAAACUAAAUAGGAAAUUAGCUGAGAAUCUAGAGGGUGAAAUCAAGAUUCUAAAGGGAAUUCAGCAUGAGCAUGUUGUGGCCCUGUUGGAUAUCAUGAAAACGGAUAAGCACAUCCAUCUCAUCAUGGAAUACUGCUCCCUCGGUGACCUCUCACAUUACAUCAAGCGCCGUGGCCUUGUCGGCGGGGCGACCGUCGAAGCGGGCGCAUGGAAUCCGCUGGCUGGGCCGUGGGGCGGGCUAAAUGAUGUUGUAGUGCGGCACUUUCUGAAGCAGCUCGCUUCGGCGAUGGAAUUCCUGCGAGCCCAUAGCUUGAUUCAUCGCGACUUGAAGCCGCAGAAUGUACUGCUGUCACCAGCUCCUCAAGACUCACCAGCCGUCCGAAUACCCAAUCCUGCGAAACCCGGAACGUACGUCACCGUACCGCCUCUGCCAAUGCUCAAGUUGGCUGACUUUGGUUUUGCUCGUGCGCUGCCCUCCCAGUCCUUGGCAUCUACCUUGUGCGGCUCCCCCCUCUAUAUGGCGCCAGAGAUUCUCCGCGGGGACAGAUAUGAUGCCAAAGCAGAUCUAUGGUCUUUUGGUGCCAUUCUGUACGAAAUGGUAACUGGGCGGCCACCCUUCAAAGCCCAAAAUCACAUUGACCUGUUGAGGAAGAUUGAACGCGGUGAAGGCAUCAUUCUUUUUCCAGGUGAAGACAUGGCGUCAAUGGUAGCUGGGAGAAGAAGUAAUGCACUGUCGUCAUCCCCAAGCAGAAGAUUGGGGACUAGUCCCAGUUCAAGCCCACGGUUUCCUCAUAUGCAGGGAGCACAGCCUAUAAGUGAUGAUUUGAAGGAUCUGAUAAGGAAAUUACUAAAGAGAAAUCCCUCUGAGCGAAUGUCGUUUGAAGCGUUCUUUGCCGAUCCUUGCGUCAUCAGCAACCGGGCUAUUGGCGGGCACACAGUCGGAUCCUUUAACGCUAGUGAGGGUUUAUUGAGGGGCACCCUACGGCGAAGCCCAUCGUCUUCUUCACAAAAAGGAACGACAUCAAUACCAAGCAGUAUUGCUCUUGAAGGGGAUCCUCCAUUUGCAUUGGGACCGAGCAGUACUGAACCGCUGUUUGAUGUCACGAACCGAGGACAUAUUGCCAUCUCAGAGGGUCUCGGCUUACCUCGAGGCGAUGCCCAAAUGCCGGCCCCACUGUACCGUGUCCAUACAUCACCCGCAAAACAGACGACCGUGACCCAUCCAUCAAGUCUAAGACAGUCUCAGACGCAGGUCCUCGGAAUGGCUCAUCCGAAUGCGGUUCCUGCUGGCCGUGUUGAAGCAGACAUGCUGGCCUCGUCGUCGCAGUACACCGCGGGAUCUGGACUUGGGCAUCCGACAGACGUCUACGACCACCAGAGCAUGCGGCAUCCUUCCCCGUCAUCUGCACCUAUGCGCCACAUUCAGCGCCUUGAUAUGCAGCGCCAGACGUCUGCACCGGUGUUUCAUGUAAAAGCCGACGAGAUCGUAUAUGGGCCGCAUCCUCCCACCUAUGGAUACAGCGACAAUCUGCGACUGGAACGGACUGGGUCCGAAAGAGGGAGGAUGAAAAUCCCUGGGGAUGAUUCGGAUUACAGGGAUGAAGUUCGGAAGGAGGCAUCCGUUGGAUUUGAAGGGGAGAAAGUGCCACCAUUUUCUUCAGUUGUCGUUGAAGAAGAUGUCAGCCACGCGCGCAAAGUCGACAUGUUGGACCACACACGUGGUGGAGUCAGUGUCGCGAUCGAGCCGCCUUUUCCUGGAUAUGCCAAUGUGGAUCCUUCCAUUUUUGUUCAUGCCACCGGUAGUGUCGAGCCUGUACCAGGUUCCAGUGCGCAGGCACCAGGACCUGAGGAAGAUACACGAGAUGGCAACAAUAACUCCUCUCUGAGCUCGUUGGGGUCCCUGGAAUUGAGCGAUGCGGACGCCGAUGAUGUCGUUGGAGAGCAAGAAACGGUAGGAGAUCCACCAGCAACUCUGUCACCGCCAGUCGCUCGGCGGCUGGAAACAAGUGCACGUAGUGGCAGCGGAAGCGGAAGCGGCAGCCACGGCAAUGUCAGGGCCAGCCUGGAAGAAUAUGUCGUUGUCGAAAAACGGGUUGUUGAGGUCAAUUGGCUUGCCGAUGAGGUAGCUGGAGCGGUGGGCAAAAAUGCUCAAGAUCUAGGCGCCGGCGAGUCGGGUCCUGUCAGCCCUAUCUCUGCUGCCGCCGGACAUGCCGUGUUUCUUCCUCCUGCUAGGGGAAGAAGUCCUAGCACGGGAUCGAGUCAAGGCGUCCCUGUGCCGAUAUCGGGUCUCGUUGGUUCUGGCACGUCUUCCAGUGCUUCCGUUUCAUCUGGGUCGCCACAUAGUCCUCGGAGUCUUAGACUUGAGCCCAAGACACAAGGUCGUAUUUUCGGAUCCUUGCGCGAAUCGACACAUCAAUUCCUUAACGUCUCUUCCAGUAACUCUGGAGGAUCAGGCUCUCCAGGAGGAAUAUUGGGGACCACUCCUCCAGCAGCCUAUGCGGCAGCAGCCACUGCCGGUGGGACAGGCGGUAGAACAGGCUCACCAGGCCCAAAUAUCCACUCUGGCUUGGAGGUCGUUCAAACUGAGGGAUACCAUCCUCUGCUUGACACCCUGAAUCUUUGCGCCCUUCGAGGCCACGCCGUACAGCAGCUCGGUGAUUCCCUGCUUUCGUCAUCCUCUGUGUCUCCAACGACUGCAGAGGAAGCCCUCGGUUGCUACCUUCUAGCUCUUCGAUGCUACCAGCUUGGUAUAGAGGUUGCUAAAGGCGUGUGGGAGUCUCGAAGCGGUGGUGUCAAUUUGCGCAUUUUGAGCACCGCUGUGCAAUGGGUUCGAGAACGCUUUAACGAGUGUUUGGAUGCUGCUGAGACGUGCAGAGGGAAAAUUGAAGGAUCAGGCGUAGAAGAAGGGCGACGUUGUGUUGAGCGAGUCGUGUACGAUCGGGCUUUGGAAGUGUCCCGUACCGCAGCCCUAAAUGAACUCUCGUCCCAACCCUCUCACUCUCAAUGCGAGAGCAUGUACCGCCACGCCAUCCUCCUCGUCGAAGCUCUCCUCCUCAUGGGCGACGAUUGCGACGUUGAUGCCGAAGGCGCCAUGUCAGACGAGGAUAAGAGAGUUUUGGAGCGAUUUGUAGCAAGUCUUUGGGGACGUGUUGGCGCUGUUUCUCGGAAAGCCGUUGGUUAAAGAGUCUUUUGCUCUCGGUUCAUUUCCAAGAAACGAUUUCUUGUAUGUAGCUUUUCUUGUCUUUCUUGGGUCAUUUCCGCUUUUUUUUUGUUUUCAAAGGUUUUAUUUGGAUUGUUUUUGUUUUACUGUAUGCAUUCUGUUUGGGGGAGGAAAGGACGAUUUACUUUCGUUCUGUAUGAAUGAGGAACCAAAAAGUAGUAGGAGGUUUAUUGAUGUCGGUUUGGAAGCAUUUUUUUUUCAUUAAUAGAAGUAUAAUUGUAGUUCAGACUUGGUCCGUCUUCGAACUUUCUCCCACGUCGAAUUUACAAUUCUGAC